CUGGGCUAAGUCGUUGGGUCGAGGUAUAUGUGCGUGCAAUUCUUGGAGCUGGAGAACAAUAAUGCAAUUGCCGGAGCUCGUAUCCUGAUGGGAGGUACCGAAGGCAUAGAGGGGUGAUUAUCGACGUCGUAUGAUGCUUUGAGGCUGGCAGGCCGGUCGAUAAUAACGAAGAGCGUUUGUUGGUCCAGAUGCGGAUCCGAGCACAACAGAGCAUUCCUCAGACGGGUCGUGAGGUGGGAAAUAAUGUGGGACAUAAUGGAACGGCUGAUGCUUGGUAUGUCGCCACAGAGCCAGUGGGUUAGCGCCCGUCGGGCGUCUGCAGAAGUCCUGUUCAGACUCAGAGAGGAGCGACACGGACUCGCAUCACCACCCCGGCCAGUGAUGGAGAGCGUCUUCUCAUGGGUGUGGAUUCUCGAAGGGCUUACAGAACCCGACGAGGGGACCAAAUAGGCAUUUGCGCGCACCAGCGGCCCCUAAUGCGGAUACGCUCGGACAAGGAUGCCCAAAUUCAUGCUGGUCUUAUCAUGGGAUAAUGACAGGCCUCGGUAUUGAUGACUGCGCCACCACCACUGCCUGUCAUGAUGCUGUGAGUAUGCAUACGGUUGUCAUAUCUUCGCCGCAGACAUGAGGCGUGCGAGGUCAAAGCGUCCCGCCACCAGGACGGUCUUGGAUCUGGGGCACUGUUGCGGUGCUCGCGUCCGCGGGGACGGGGCAUCUUCUCGACAUUCACCUG